AUGUCAAACGAGCGCUACUUCAGGCCAGCUUCUACUGGAAUCGGUCUACCACAGAGCAGCAACGAAUUCCCGACUUCAGAAUGUGAAAUGGAUAUCAGGAGGUUCUUAAAAAACGUAAGUCUGAUGACUCUGACAACAAUCAAGACACCCCGGAAAUGUGAAAUGGAUAUCAGGAGGUUCUUAAAAAAACGUAAGUCUGAUGACUCUGACAACAAUCAAGACACCCCGGGUACAUCAGAGAUGCAUGCUGAUCCAGCAGAGCAGCGCAGAGGAGGACAUGACGAGCAUGCACCGAGGUCUAAUGGGUGCGUUCAUCGUCCUUUUGUUCAACGACUUCGCAUUCAACUUGACUUCAAAAACAAAGACAUCAAUGAGUGCGCGAGGAAGCACAUGUUUUCCUUCAGGCACAAAGGCGCACUGCAAGAUGCCAACAAUUUCCUCACCACCGUGCAAAGGCCAGAGUUGACCAUCGUGAGCCAGAUGGACCGAGCAGUCAACAAAGCAGUCACUCAAAACCGAGAGAAACUGUUCCGUAUCCUAUCCAGCAUUCUGUUCUGUUGCUGCCGUGACAUUGCAUUGAGGGGAAAGGAGAGUAUAUCGGGGAACCUCUGUGACCUACUGCGAUUCAGGAUAGAAGCAGGGGACACGGGCCUGAAGGAUCACAUGGAGGGCACAAGCAAAAAUGCGAGAUACACAUCAGUUCGUGUACAGAACGAGCUGGUAGUUCUCUCCGAAGAAGUAGUUAGAGACAAUAUUGUGAAAGCUGUAAAUGAAUCAAAUGGAUUCUCUAUCAUUGCAGACGAAACUGCUGACAUAUCAGGCACCGAGCAACUGUCCAUUGAGUACGAUUUGUUGAGCUGCAGGAACAACAGAAUGACUCAGCCACCAUACAUGAGGAAUUCCUUGGAUUCAUUCCACUGGAGAGGAUGGCCGCUCCAACAAUUGCAGAUACUAUCAUCGACCAAGCAAAAAAAUUUGGUCUUAACCUCGACAAGCUCCAUGGCCAAGGCUACGAUGGACGGAUGCUCAACCAUGGCAGGAAAAGACAAUGGUGUACAGGACCGUAUCAGGAACACCUAUCACAAAGCUGUUUUCGUGCACUGCUCUUCACAUCGAUUGAAUUUGGUGGUUAAUGAUCUUAAUUCUGUCGCAGAUGUGAGGAAUACGACUGGAACUGUGAAAUCUAUCAUUAAAUUCUUCCGUGACAGUCCCAAGCGCAGGAGACUGGUUCCAAAUAUACCUUUGUUGUGUGAAACCAGAUGGAGCGCAAAGUACAAAAGCAUCCGCAUCUUUUCAGAGAGCUUUUGUGAUAUCUAUGCACAACUGGAGCAACUUGAGGCAAACCAGCAUGAGUCACAGAGUACGCGUCAGACGGCGAAUCAGCUGAGGUGUGCAGCAGGAACCACAGUGUUCUUCAUCUGUCUGACGAUCAUUGUGAAGUACUCAGCGAUGCUGGAGCCAGUGACCCAACAGCUACAGGCAGUCAACAUGGACAUGAUUGGAGUCCGAGAUCACAUCGACCUGUUGAUGAAGGCUUUCCGAGCUCACUGGGAUGGUGCAGACCGUGUGUUCUCAGAAGAUAUCAUUCGUGAGGUAAAAACCAUGGCAGAAGAACUGGGCAUAGACUUGACUAUGCCUCGGCGAUGCGCACGCCAGGUCCACCGGCCGAAUCUAGGAGGCUCCAUUGAGGAGUACUGUCGCCGCACCAUCUAUGUCCCGUACAUGGAUUCCUUGAUACAGUCUCUGGAAAGUCGCUUUGGUGAAAGUAACACGCCAUAUUUUCACAUUUUCGCACUACAUCCGAGAGAAAUGGAGCAAACAGAAAGAGGUGAAUUCAAGCACAUCGUUUCAUCUGUCAAGGAAAUGUAUGGCAUUGACAACCUUGUAGAAGAAGCUCUAGCGUGGUAUGACGUGCAGAAGCAUAAGCCACUGGAUGAUAACUCUCUGGGUAUGAUCGAGCUGGUGAAACAGACAACUCUGUUCCCUGCUGUGUGCAAGGCUAUCCUCAUCGCACUGACUCUGCCUGCAACAUCAUGUACAGUGGAAAGGUCCUUCAGCACACUGAACAGGAUGAAGACCUGGUUAAGAUCAACGAUGAGUGAUCAACGUCUGUCCGGCCUCUGCAUGCUAAGUGUCCACCGCGACAAAUUGAACAGCCAGAAGACUGAGCUAAUAAACAGGGUCAUUGACAAGUUCGGAAGAUAUCCCCGACGACUCCAAUUCCUGCUCCGAGAGUAG